GCUUAAACGACCUGUGCGCCAUCUGCGCCCGCACUCUUCCGAAGGAGUCGCGCCCGUGCUGCUUUACAAAGCCUUCCUCCCGCCAAGCGACUGCUGCCCUCAUGCUCCACGGCUGUUCUGCAGUCCCCCGGUAGCUCCACACCCUUCACACCUUUCAGCUUUACUGGCCAAACUUUCACUCAGAGGUCAAGUGGAGUCAAGAAGAAGUCUAAAGCAGUUUUCCCUGGGAUUUAAGGAGGAGGCUCCAUAGCAGUAAAGUAAGUUCAAGGUUAGAAAUCUGAAGCAAUGGGUGACUGGAGCUUUCUGGGGAGACUGUUAGAGAAUGCGCAGGAGCACUCCACGGUUAUUGGCAAGGUUUGGCUGACGGUACUGUUUAUCUUCAGGAUCCUGGUGCUGGGGGCUGCUGCUGAGGAGGUCUGGGGAGACGAGCAGUCGGACUUUACGUGCAACACUCAGCAACCUGGUUGCGAAAAUGUUUGCUAUGACAAAGCCUUCCCCAUUUCUCACAUCCGCUUCUGGGUGCUGCAGAUCAUUUUUGUCUCCACUCCGACCCUCAUCUAUCUGGGCCAUGUCCUGCACAUUGUACGCAUGGAGGAGAAGAGGAAAGAGAAAGAGGAGCUGAAAAAGAAGGGAAGCAGCAAAGAUGGCAACUACCCAGUAGCAGCAGCAUCUGGCAGUGGUGGUGGAGGAGGCAGCAAUAACGUCAAAGAUCAAUCUGUUGUCAAAAGGGGGAAGGAGAAGCUCCCUAUCCGUGACGAACGUGGUAGAAUCCGUAUGGGGGGUGCCUUGCUCCGUACCUAUGUCUUCAAUAUCAUAUUCAAGACACUGUUCGAGGUGGGCUUCAUUGUGGGCCAGUACUUCCUAUAUGGGUUCGAGCUAAAGCCGGUCUACCAGUGCAGCCGCUCACCUUGUCCACACACUGUGGACUGCUUCAUCUCAAGGCCCACUGAGAAAACAAUCUUCAUCAUCUUCAUGUUGGUGGUGGCCUCAGUCUCCCUGCUGCUGAACAUGCUUGAGAUAUAUCACUUGGGGUGGAAGAAGCUUAAGCAGGGCAUGACGAGCCAGUACAUCCUAGAGAUGCCUGUCGCAACAAUGACACCAGUUAUGGUAACAGGGGAGUCCAAACCUGUUUCCCUGCCACCACCAGCACCACCAGUGGUGGUCACCACUGCCACACCAGCCCCUGUUCUGCCUGACACCCGCGCUGUCACACCGCUGCUGGCCCCAGUGACCAUGGCAUCAUACUAUGCUACAGCUGCUCCAAGACCACGGCCCCCCUCCAACACGACGUCCAUGGCAAGCUACCCUACUGCUCCACAAGUUCCUGAGGAGAGGCACCGUGCUGUGACUCCCACGCCCAUCUCAACUCCCGUCACCAUCCCGACCCCCAUCCCCACGCCCACGCCGGCCGUCAUCAACUACUUCAACAGCAGCAGCCGUGCCCUGACAUCCGAGCAGAACUGGGUCAACGUGGCAGCUGAGCACCAGGGGAAGGUUUCCUCCAGCUCAGCAGGCUCCUCUACCCCCAGCAGCGUCCGGCAUCCCCUUCCUGAGCAGGAAGAGCCACUGGAGCAGCUACUCCCACCCCCGGCUGUGCUGCCCAUUGCCGCAGCCAACAGCGGCAGCAGCACCAGCCUGAGCGGGGCGAGCGGCAGCAAGUGGGAUGUGGAGGGCGAGGUGGAGCUGUCGAGGGCACGGCCCGUCUCGGCGGCCUGCACCACGGUGGAGAUGCACGAGCCACCGCUGCUUGUAGACGCGCGGCGCCUGAGCAGGGCCAGUAAGUCGAGCAGCUGCAGAGCCCGGUCAGACGACCUGGCCGUGUAGUGCGGUCGCCCCUGCUCGGGGAGCAGGUGGUGGAAGGCGGAGUGGGCAGGGGAGCUGCCUGGGGAGGCCAGGCCUGGCGUGGGUGAGGAGGCCUGGGCUUCAAACUUAGACGCUUGCUGUUUUUGCACUCUGUGAGUUGUAGUGGGGAAAAUUAUCAACAUUUUCUAAUAGGUCAGGGGUGACUGAAGCGCAGCCCAUGGGCCAGGGGACCAGUCCCACUUUCCUUCAUGUUCACAGCAGAUCCCUCAAGGGCAGCCGUAGGGGAGGCCUGCAGAGAUAACAGGUGGUGAUGGUAGCUGGUCAUGUGCCCUGAGGCUGACUUUCCUCUGAGAAAAAUGUUAAUAUCCCUGGUGCCCGUGCACCUAGCUGUCAUCUCCUUCUUGCCCUUGCCUGCACUUCAGCUCUUUCAUGUAGAGUGAAACUCUACAUGAGCAGAUGAAGUGACUUACUUUCUUCCUCUUAAAUCUUACGUAGCCCUAUGGCAAACAUCAGGGUGGUAUAUUGCCUCUUGGCACCUGUUGUGUCUACGGACCAACUUGCCUUAUUAAAGGUAACUCAGUUUCUUCCAUAUAACAUGCCUUAUGAAGCCUUUGUGUUCAUGGCAAGUCACCGAUGCGGUCCUUGGCCAGGCAAAGUUUAGGGAACCCCUGGAAUAGAUUUUUGAGGUUCUUCUUUCCAUAAUUUUUUUGUUUUACUCUUGACCUCUUAGGAAGUGUUCAGUUUGACCUUCUAUCCAGUGUUUGCCAGCCAUGAUCAUACCAUGUUUAUAAGCCUGCAAAUAUGUUUGAGCAUGUUUGACUAUAAUUUUAGCUGACUUCUAAAAUUGCUUACAGGAGGACAGGAAUUCAAACCACACCUCGGAAAUUAUUACACAGAACAAUUUCUCCAGAAAGCAAGGAUUAUGAUUUCAAUACACUGUGGCUCCAUACAUUGCCCGUGGACAAGCAAUUAGGAUAAAGUACAGCUCUGCAUUUUAGACUAAUAGAUAUCAGCAUAAGUUUGUUGGAAAAAUGCUUUUUAGAA